UCCUUUUUUGGUCUGGUUCAAAGGACCCCUAUGGCCCCGCCCUACUAUAUACACUGUUUCACUGUACGUGCGCACGCACUUGCCACGGCAGACCAAGAGCAACGAGAGGUUCCUCUCUCGUCGCAAUGGCGUCUUCGCUUCGCCAUUGCGCGCUCUUGGCCUCGCUCCUCUGUGCCGUUUCCGUCGCGGUCACUUCUGUCUCCGGCGGCGGCUCCGGGCUCGGCCCGAUCACCACCAAUGGCCGGAACUACACCAAGGUCUGCGACCCGGCCCGGUUCGCGGCCUUGGGUCUUGAAAUGGCGGGUUUCCGGUACUGCGACGCGUCCCUGCCAUACGCCGACCGGGUGCCGGACCUCGUCGGCCGGCUCACGCUGGAGGAGAAGGUGCGCAACCUCGGCGACCGCGCCGAGGGCGCGGCACGCGUCGGGCUGCCGCCGUACCUGUGGUGGGGGGAGGCCCUGCACGGCGUGUCGGACACCGGGCCCGGCGGCACCCGGUUCGGCGACGUGGUUCCCGGCGCCACCAGCUUCCCGCUCGUCAUCAACAGCGCCGCGGCGUUCAACGAGACGCUGUGGGGAGCCAUCGGCGGCGCCGUGUCCACCGAGAUCAGGGCCAUGUACAACCUGGGCCACGCCGAGCUCACGUACUGGAGCCCCAAUAUCAACGUCGUGCGCGACCCGCGGUGGGGCCGCGCCAGCGAGACGCCCGGCGAGGACCCCUUCGUCGUCGGCCGGUACGCCGUCAGCUUCGUCCGCGCAAUGCAGGACAUCGACGGCGCUGGUCCCGGUGCCGGUGCCGACCCUUUCGCCCGGCCCAUCAAGGUCUCCAGCUGCUGCAAGCACUACGCCGCCUACGACGUGGACGCAUGGCUCACCGCCGACCGCCUCACGUUCGACGCGCAGGUGGAGGAGCGCGACAUGAUCGAGACGUUCGAGCGGCCGUUCGAGAUGUGCGUGAGGGACGGGGACGCGAGCUGCGUCAUGUGCUCCUACAACCGUAUCAACGGCGUCCCCGCCUGCGCCAACGCGCGGCUCCUGUCGGAGACCGUCCGCGGCGAGUGGCAGCUCCACGGGUACAUCGUGUCCGACUGCGACUCGGUGCGCGUCAUGGUCAGGGACGCCAAGUGGCUCGGGUACAACGGCGUGGAGGCCACCGCCGCGGCCAUGAAGGCAGGGCUGGACCUCGACUGCGGUAUGUUCUGGGAGGGCGCGCAGGACUUCUUCACCGCCUUCGGCCUCGACGCCGUGCGGCAGGGGAAGCUGCGGGAGUCCGAGGUCGACAACGCGCUGCGGAACCUCUACCUCACCCUGAUGAGGCUCGGCUUCUUCGACGGCAUUCCGGAGUUGGAGUCCCUCGGCGCCAACGACGUCUGCACGGAGGAGCACAAGGAGCUGGCCGCCGACGCGGCGAGGCAGGGCAUGGUGCUCAUCAAGAACGAUCACGGCCGGCUGCCAUUGGACACCAGCAAGGUUAAUUCGUUGUCACUGGUUGGCCUUCUGCAACACAUCAACGCCACGGAUGUCAUGCUGGGAGACUACAGAGGCAAACCAUGCAGAGUUGUGACGCCAUACGAUGCGAUAAGGAAGGUUGUCAGCGCCACGUCGAUGCAGGUGUGCGACCACGGCGCGUGCAGCACGGCCGCCAAUGGGAAAACCGUGGACGCGACCAUCGUCAUCGCCGGCCUCAACAUGAGCGUGGAGAAGGAGGGGAACGACAGGGAGGAUCUCCUCCUGCCGUGGAAUCAGACUAACUGGAUCAACGCAGUCGCCGAAGCCUCGCCGUACCCAAUCAUCCUGGUGAUCAUUUCCGCCGGCGGCGUCGACGUCUCCUUCGCGCAGAACAACCCCAAGAUCGGGGCCAUCGUCUGGGCCGGGUACCCCGGCGAGGAAGGAGGCACGGCCAUCGCCGACGUGCUCUUCGGAAAAUACAAUCCAGGGGGGAGGCUGCCGCUAACGUGGUACAAGAACGAGUACAUCAGCAAGAUCCCGAUGACGUCCAUGGCGCUGCGGCCGGUCGCCGACAAGGGGUACCCUGGCAGGACCUACAAGUUCUACGGCGGGCCGGAAGUGCUCUACCCGUUCGGCCACGGCCUCAGCUACAGCAACUUCAGCUACGCAUCCGACACCACCGGGGCUUCGGUCACAGUCCGGGUUGGCGCAUGGGAGUCUUGCAAGCAGCUCACCCGCAAGCCGGGGACGACGGCCCCGCUGGCCUGCCCGGCCGUCAACGUCGCCGGGCACGGGUGCAAAGAGGAGGUAAGCUUCAGUCUGACCGUGGCCAACCGUGGCAGCAGGGACGGCGCACACGUCGUGAUGGUCUACACGGUGCCGCCGGCCGAGGUGGACGACGCGCCGCUGAAGCAGUUGGUGGCGUUCCGGAGGGUGUUCGUGCCCGCGGGAGCCGCCGUCCAAGUGCCGUUCACGCUCAACGUGUGCAAGGCGUUCGCCAUCGUCGAGGAGACGGCGUACACCGUCGUGCCGUCGGGCGUCAGCACGGUCCUGGUCGGAGACGAUGCGCUGUCAUUCUCCUUCUCCGUGAAGAUCGAGCUGGCUGUAUAGAUUCUUUACAUGUCCAAAAUUGAUUUUCUUUUUGUUUC